AAAUUUCUAAGAUGGCUGCCCACGAAUUGGAUGUUUACAGCUUAACAGAUAUCGCUGAAAUACAAAAAGCUUACGCACAAAUCCAUCUUCAUGAGCAAAAACUUAACAAUGAACUGGAUGCUAUACUGGAAAACCAACCAAGACUUGACACAAAACUUAACACGCUACAGAAUGUAAUUCCAAACCUGCAGUUGGUAAUGAGAGAUGCCCAACAUUUACAUACCAUGAUUUCGAAUACAUCAGAUUUGGCAGAAAAAGUCAGCAGUAAAGUGCGACUUCUGGAUCUUGUUAAGAACCGUGUCCAAGAAACAAUAAAACGUGUGGAUGACAUCCUUGAUUUAAAGGCUUGUGUGGAUGGUGUGCAAACAGCGCUAAAUACAGAGCACUUUGAGCAGGCUGCAGCACAUAUUCACAGAUAUCUCAACCUGGAUGAACAAGUCCUCAGAGACUUAGCAGAGGACUCAAAAGAAGGUUCUGACUUAGCAGGGGCCUUUGUGUUACUACAUGAAGCAGAGACAAAACUGAAAAGAAUUGUAAAUGACAAGUUUGAGGCUGCUAUACAAAAUGGUGACAGGGGCUCUGUAGAAAGGUUUUUCAAAAUUUUUCCUUUACUGGGUCAACACCAAGUUGGACUUGAAAAGUAUGCAAGAUAUUUGUGCACUCAGAUUGCUGCCCAGUGCCAGAAGAAUUUGGACAAUGCUGUUGCUGUCAAAGACUCAGAUCGUCAUGUCAAUGUUGUGUUUGCAAAUACUCUCACUUUACUGUUUGAGAACAUUGCACGUAUGGUGGAAGAACAUCAGCCAUUUGUAGAGACUUACUAUGGUCCUGGCAAAAUGUUCAUUCUGCUACAAGCUAUGCAGGCUGAGUGUGACAAGCAAGUUAAUCAAGUUGUUGACCAGUUUAUGAAAAAGAGACAGUUCACAGAAAAGUUCAAAUCUGUUCAGGGCAGUCAAACCUUCAGAGGUUCUUCUGGUAACCUUGAUAGGUAUGACCCCAGAGAGCUUGAUGUUGUCUUGCGUGAAGUUGUUGUGAUGAAUGCAAGAGCUGAAAUGUAUUUACAGUUCUUGGAGAAAAGGAUCACAGAUGACAUGGCAAAUGUUCCUGAAGAGGAAAAAACAGAAGAACUAUUAGGAAUUCAAGACAAAGUUAUUGCCAAUUGUGAACUAAACAGAAGAAUGCAGGAGCUGAUAGGAAACUACAUCUACAUGGAAGAGUACUUUAUGAGAGAAACAGUGAUGAAAGCUGUAAAGAUGGACAUCACAGAGGGUGGUGAUGAUGAAGCUGUCACUUCCAGCAUGGUGGAUGAUGUCUUCUUUAUCGUACAAAAGGCUGUUAGACGAGCCUUAUCCAGCUCUAGUGUGGAUGGAACAUGUGCAAUGCUGAAUCAUGCAUGUGCUCUUCUGUCAUCUGAUUACCGUGAUGUGCUAACUGCCCGAUUAAAAGCAGGUUUUCCAUCUGGAAGUCUUGAUUUAUCUGGAAUGUUGCAAGGAAAGCUGCAAGUGGGCUACUCCACAACGGCUGAAAAUGCAGCUGCCCGGAAGGCUUUCCUUGUGACACUUAACAACCUUGAAGUUAGCAGCAACAACAUUCAGAAGCUAAAGAAAGAUCUUGAGAUUGAAUGUGACAGGAACUUGGCUUUUGGAGAUGCUGCUAAACUGAAAUUAGAGAGCUGUCUUUCAGACUUGAUGAACACAUCAAAUAUUUUCAAGGAUUUACUUCAAGGUGGACUAUAUCAGUUAUGUUCUACUGCUGUCAUACCAAGAUUAAAACCCCUCAUCGAUGGAUUCAAUUCAACAAGCCACAACAUAUCUGAGGAGGAAUUUGCUUUCUAUGAAGUGAAUGAUCCAUUUGUUCAGAAUUUUAUCACAAGUUUAGACUCGAUCUUAACAUCUUUUAAGGUUCCACUGACACCUUCCAACUAUGACUCUUUAGUAAGCAUGGCAGCCACUGAAAUAACAACUCAACUGGAAACCUCGGUCAUGAAAGCGAGUUUUAACAGACUGGGUGGUCUUCAGUUCGACAAGGAACUACGUUCGCUGGUCGGUUACCUGACAGCUGUUACUCAGUGGACCAUACGAGACAAGUUUGCCAGACUCACACAGAUUGCCACUGUCCUCAACUUAGAGAAGGUGGGCGAGAUUAUGGAUUACUGGGGUCCUAAUUCAGGACCAAUGACUUGGAGACUUACUCCUACGGAAGUCAGACAAGUCCUGUCAUUAAGGGUCGAUUUCAGAAGUGAGGAUAUCAACCGAUUAAAACUUUAAGCUGGGAACCAAAUAGUUUUUACAAAGAAUUAUAAGGAGAUUUCCCAGAAAAACCUUAAAUGAUGCAGAAAAUAAAUAUUUAAUGACUGAUGUAGAUAGGGAGAUUGUAAAUGAUAGAGGGAGUUCAGAGCCCUUCUUUAGAUUACAAGUUUGUCACAAAAUCAUUUUGAAUCGCGACAAAGUUUGAUACACAGCUUGCUCCGCGAGCGAGUAGGAUAAAGCGAAUCUGUGUUUUUAACCGUACCUCAGGUUGCCCUCACACGAUUGCUCUCUUGACCAAGCUUGCUUUUUUUUUGGUGCCUUAUUAUGGUCUACGACUUUGUCUCUGUCCGUGAAACACAACUAGAGAUCUUGAGCAAUAUAUAUCGAGCCAUCUUGCUAGCACGUUUGGUUGCUGACGUCUACGAUCAACAGUAAGCACAAAUAUGACUAUGAAUAUAAUAAAAUCGUAUAUGGGAACUGCGGAUUAAUAAAUGAAUAUGUGAAUGAGCUUUGCUGUAAUAAACACUUCUUAAGAAUUAGUAAAGAUAGAGUCUGAAAAAACUGAUUCAGGCCAGUACGAGAGUUGAACCCAUGACCUCUGGCUGCGAAAGAGAGUAGAUCUAUGUUCAGAAAUGUAGAUAUGUGUAUUAUUUCAAUAUACCGGUAAGUAUAUUUACCUAUUGUGCGUUUCUCCCGUUUCGUUAUGCCUCAGUUGGCAGACUGUCCAGGUGUAAUAAAGGUGCACUAAAGUGGAAA